ACUAAAUUUGUUGUCUAAGUGUUCUUAGGAAUGCAAUAAGGUGAUUGCAUCUAAUCUGUAGCCAGAAUAGGAUGGGCCAUGUCAGACUGAGCUGGAGUCUACAUAUGUAUUAUUAAGGAAGGUGCUCGUUUUAACGUAGUUGAGCAUCAUUCUGAUGUUAGAAUAUGCCAAUGUCUCCACCUCCUCGUGGGAUCUCACAGUGCACCUAUUGUUGGAAUGGUCUGGUAGUAGUAUAGUAGCCUGGUUAAAUUAAUUAGCAUGCAUGGUAAAAUUUGUCAAGCAUAGCCAGACCCUUCCCGACUAUAUCCAAUUCCGUGAAGGGUCUGGCUAUGCGAGACUAUGGCAAAAUAUUUAUGCAACUGCAUGUGUGCAGCUCGCAGAUGUCUCAAAAAGGUGGUGUGCAACAACGUUACACGGUGAAGUCCACUACUUUGUGUUGGAAUAUUUGGUCAUGGCUUUCCUGCACGGUCACACGCGUCCGUUAUAGAACUGUUUACAUAACGACAUAUUCAACAAGAUACCAUACCAUGUAUUUUUGUUGUUCUGGCUACUUGGCUGUAGGCAACAAGUGCAAACCUGUGUGCUCGCCUAAUUGCAAGAACUCUGGAACGUGUAUGAGUCCGGGGAGAUGCCAGUGCUCGUCCGGAUGGACAGGAUCUAGAUGUACAAUACCUGAAUGUGAUCCUGGAUGCGCUACUAACGGUGGAACCUGCACAGCUCCGUUUAAAUGUCAGUGCCCGGUAGGACUGUCCGGGCCUUCAUGCCAGACAGCAUGCAGUGGUGACCGAUUCGGACAGAAUUGCGCUCAGAAAUGCACGUGCAGGAACGGAGCUUCAUGCAACCCUGUUACAGGUGCUUGUACCUGCACAGCUGGAUGGCAAGGAGCAAACUGCCAUCAGGCGUGUCCAACAGGAACAUACGGUUUAGCGUGCCUUCCCUGCACGUGCAAGAAUAGAGCAACAUGUGACCGCUUCACCGGCGCUUGUACUUGUCCUCCUGGAUAUUACGGAAAAUCAUGCGAGAAUCUCUGCUCUGCGUGGACCUUCGGUCACGAUUGCAGUCACUCUUGUUUAUGCAGCAGAUCGAACGCUUUCAAUUGCAGUCACGUGGAUGGUAGGUGUGAAUGUCAACACGGUUGGAGAGGUGCAGUUUGCACGGACGCGUGUCCGCACGGUUUCCACGGACCCAACUGUAGAUUCAGCUGCACAUGCCAGAACGGUGGAACGUGUGACCCUUAUACUGGAAAUUGCAGCUGUACUCCUGGGUUUAUUGGCAUCAACUGCGAGCAAGCUUGUCCGGCAAAUACAUACGGUCUGGGAUGCGAGCACGCGUGCACGUGUGCUAACGGAGGAUUGUGCAACCCUGUUGACGGAACUUGCACUUGUGUUGGACAUUGGGUCGGUCAACAUUGCAAGAAACCAUGCUUUAAUGACUGGGAGUACUGGAAUGGGACUGCUUGUAUUACAUGUCCUUGUAAGAGAACAAAUAGCCAAUGUUCUGCAAAAUUUGACGGUAAACUUUGGAAGUCUGGUGUGGCUGACACUCACAGUUACGGCAAGGAUCAGGCACUCCAGCAGGGUUUCUCUUUUGUUUCGCUUUUUGUUUUCUUGGAAUUUUUCCUUUUCCUGUUUCUUCCAAAGUCUCACGGCGAUGGAGGAAUGGUGACGGCAGCAGGCGUACGAUGGCGCUGGGAGUCGCUAGCCAUGAUUCUACACGUGAGCGGUACCAUGAUAGCACUGCCCACCUCACUCGAGGAAGGGCCUAGAAAAGGUGGCCUAAACAAAGCUCCCCCCUCUUUGUCCCUACCAGCUUACCGCGGUUGGUUGGGCAUCCAAUAUUGUGGUCGAAAUAAAGUGAAGCAUAACGUCGCUGUUGCCUGUUGGAAUGUUCGCUCGCUUCUGGACACGCAACAGCAAAUGGAACGUAAAAAAGCCAUCCUGGUAAAGGAAUUUCGUCGCUAUGACAUUGAUAUUGUUGCUUUAAGUGAAACUCAUCUGUUGGAUGAAGGAAAACUUGAGGAAGUCGGUACAGGUUACACAUUCUUUUGGAAAGGACGUCCUUCAAAUGCGACACGACAAUCGGGUGUAGGUUUUGCUGUCAAAUCCUCCUUGGUGGGUAGUCUCGACAAUCUACCAAGGGGAAUAAAUGAUCGUUUAAUGACACUUCGCCUACCUCUUUCUGGUGGUCAAUUUCUAACCUUGGUCAGUUCAUAUGCUCCAACGAUGAACGCCUCCGAAGAAAUCAAAGAGAAAUUCUAUGAUGAUUUGAGUAACAGUAUUGGUGCUGUGCCAAAGAAGGACAAACUGCUCGUCCUAGGUGAUUUCAAUGCUCGAGUUGGUAGCAAUCAUUGCACAUGGAAAAACGGGCUUGGUAAACACGGCAUUGGAAGAGAGAACAGUAAUGGGUCACUUUUGCUGUCACUUUGUUCUACGUACCAGCUUGUAAUCACCAACACACUGUUUCAACAGAAAACCAAGUACAAGACCACCUGGAUGCAUCCUAGAUCAAAGCAUUGGCACCAGAUAGACUUCAUUAUUAUUCGUCAGAGGGAUAUCAGUGAUGUUCGUCACACUAGAGUCAUGCGGGGAGAUUCUGUCUCAGUCUUUUCUGACCAUCGAUUGGUGCGUAGUAAGCUUUCACUUUCUGUCAAGAAAACUGUUUCUCACCAGUCUUGCCAGAGAUUUAGAAAAUUGAAUAUCAGCCAGCUAAAUGAUCCCUCUACCAGUCUUCGGCUGAAAAACGAACUCACUACAAAGCUGCAAGAAUUGUAUAUUCCAUCUUAUGAUUCAGCCAGCAACCUGGAUGCAUUAUGGUCAAGUUUACACUCAGUUGUUCACAACGGUUCUUAUGAACUACUUGAUAAACGCAAUCAAAGCACUGCUGAUGCCUACCAUCAUGCAAGAAAAGCAGCAAGAGCUAGGCUCUCUGUGAUGAAGAACAAAUGGUGGUUACAGAAGGCAGAACAGCUUCAGUUAGCUGCUGACCAGCAUAACUCUAGUGGCUUCUAUCAAGGCCUAAAAGAGGUGUUUGGGCCAAGAGUAAAGACAAUCGCACCUCUACAAUCUGUUGACAACUCCAGGCUUCUCUAUGGACGACGAGAAAUUUUGACUCGUUGGGGUCAGUAUUUUGCAAGUAUCUUGAAUCAUCCAACAUUUAUUUCACAAGAAGCUAAUGACAGCAUUGAUGAACAGCCUGAUCUAGUUGUAGCUUGUGAACCACCAUCUAACAAUGAGAUAAAUAAAGCUAUCAGGAAAAUGUCAAGGAAUAGAUCUCCUGGUGCUGAUGGCCUACCUGCUAAAAUUUUUCAACAUGGAGGAGAACUGCUGUUGUUCAAACUAGGUGAUUUCAUUCGUCUAUGCUGGGAACUCGAAGAUGUACCCCAGAACUUUAAAGAUGCCAACAUAAUCCAUCUAUACAAGAAAAAAGGUAGUCAAUCUGACUGCAACAAUCACCGUGAGAUCUCUUUGUUGUCUGUUGCUGGCAAAAUUAUGGCCAGAGUUCUUCUUGAUCGUCUUGUCUCAAACUUUUCAGAGAGUAUCCUUCCUGAAAGCCAAUGUGGUUUUCGUUCUGGUCGUGGUACGUCCGACAUGAUCUUUUCAGACAGGCAGCUUCAAGAAAAGUGUCGUGAACAGCACAUGGAUCUAUUUAUGGUCUUUAUUGACUUGGUCAAAGCGUUUGACUCGGUUGAUAGAACUGGCUCUUGGAAAGUCCUUUUGAGGCUUGGCUGCCCGGUAAAGAUUGUGAAUCUAAUCAAAGCCUUUCAUACUGGUAUGAUGGCUUGUGUUGUCGAGGAUGGGUCAAAGUGUAAUCAGUCUAGUGGCGUAUGCAAGUGCAUGGAUGGUUGGGCACAGCCGUCGUGUGAUACACAUUGCCAGAAUGGAACGUUUGGCGACGAAUGCCUCGGUCAGUGUCAGUGUCAGAACGGUGCACACUGUAACCCAGUGGACGGAUCAUGCAUCUGCGCUAAUGGAUACAAUGGCACAAUAUGUAAUCAACUGUGCCCGUAUGGAACGUAUGGUUUCUACUGCAGAGAGUCGUGCAGAUGCAGGAAUGACGCUGUUUGCUCCUCUGUUGAUGGGUCGUGUUUUUGCUUGGACGGAUGGCGUGGUUCAUUUUGUGAACUGACGUGUGACAAUGGCUUUUACGGUGACCGCUGCCGUCGACAAUGUUUGUGUCUUAAUGGAGCCGCUUGUGAUCAUGUUGAUGGGUCAUGCACGUGUACUGAUGGAUGGUUGGGAGACAAUUGUUCUGAGCCAUGUUCGGGACUUAGAUUUGGGGAAGACUGUCUACAGCACUGUAAGUGCAAUGUGAAUAAUACUGAGAGCUGCAGCAACGUAGACGGGACGUGUCACUGCAAACCCGGCUGGAUGGGAUCUAUGUGUUCUGAACCAUGCUCACCCGGGAUGUGGGGCUAUGGCUGUAGUAGUGACUGUACAUGUAACAAUGAAGCCACUUGCAAUCAUGAACUUGGAGACUGUUACUGUACCAACGGCUGGACAGGCAGCACAUGUUCACAACCGUGCCAGAAAGGCAUGUUUGGUCGAGAUUGUAAACAACACUGUGAUUGCAAGUUUGACUACUGUGAUGCAAAGAAUGGCACUUGCUUGUGUCCAGAAGGUUGGACCGGAACUCAUUGUAAUCAAAGUUGUCAAACUGGGUAUUAUGGUCGCAACUGUGAGAGAGAGUGCGAUUGCAAGUUCUCAAAUUGUGAUCCUCACAAUGGCACGUGCUUUUGUCUUCCUGGUUGGACUGGAAACCGUUGUGAUCAGGUUUGUCCGAGUGGUUACUAUGGUCCACAUUGCUUCGAACGAUGUGACUGCAAUUCCUCUUGUGAUCCCACCAACGGUCGUUGCCUCUGUGCUGCUGGAAUGACAGGAGAAAAGUGCGAUCAAGAAUGUCCAGACGGUACAUUUGGAGUGGGAUGUCAAGCUUGCCAAUGUGAGCACGUAGAUGCAGUGUGUGACAAAAAAUCUGGCUGCAGAUGUCCUAGUGGACGCACAGGUCACAAUUGUGAAAACGAGUGCGAUGUCGGAUUCUAUGGCAUUGGAUGUACUCUAACGUGCAGUGAGGAGUGUCCGGACGGAAUAUGUAAUCCGGAAACGGGAAUUUGCGUUUGUCCUGAUGGUCAGUCUUGGGUCGGUGAGAAUUGUGAAGAAACGAUAAUUGUAAUCUCAGGAGAGUCGACGGAUGAGCAAUCAAAGACAAACGAAUCUACAAUCGGUGUUGGUGUGUGGGGAGGUGUUGGAGGUGCUGCAGCCGUGAUUCUUGUGAUCCUGUUUAUCAUACUGGUGAUAGUAGUACGACGACGACUACGAAAGCGUUCGGACGCCAUGAGUGUGAGCUUUGAAAACAACCUUGACGGACAAGUGUCGAUACAUUCAGCACACUCAUCUGUUUCCACAGUGCCUCCAAGUUCAGGCUAUGACUCGAUCGAUGACUGCAAGAAAGCUGUGGACAACAGCUACCGUUCAAGGGUUUUAUCAACUAGCAAUACCUACUGUAAGCCAAGGUCACUGAUGAGGAACUGCACCAACAAUAACGACUACGAAUAUCCCACUGACGUCACAGAGAAAGGACCGCUAACUCCAAAUCCGGAUGAGCAGCCGCAUUAUGAUAAACCGUUGACAAAAAUGCAUAACUAUGACAAUCUCAAUUUUGGUUCAGCUCCAUCUAAAGUCGUUGCUGAUUGUCUGACCACGGAUGAGCCAUUGUAUGACACUAUAGAUGCUAAGCGUCAGGAUGAUGAAUGAUAUAGACGAAGGUCAUAUUGUAGGAGUGCAUGGAUGUGUAUGGUAUGUGACUGUUUGAUUUAUGUGAGUCAGUAGGCUAGUUAGAAACACUCUAGAAUUAAUGCAGAAUUCAGUAGUUAGAAUCUAGAUUUUCUUUUCAAAAUUUCAAUUGUUGCUCACAUACAUGUACAUUGCCGAGAGAUAAAAAGCGUUGAUUAAGUACUU